UAAGACUCACAGACGCUGCGGGUGCACUGUGAAGUGCUGACUGUGAGACAGCAAUAUCACAACUACACUGUGGUCGGCCGCUCUCACGUUGCUAUAACUUGGGCAGAGCCAAUUAUACCGGUGACAUCACUGCGCACAUAGCACAAGGUGGAGAACAAAACAAGAGGUCUGCUUCAUAACGCAAGAGUAACAGAACAACCGAUGUCCGCAACACUGCUCUCGGGUUCAGAGAUUGUGGCCCGGCGUUUUUAGAAUGCAGAAAUCUCCAGUGGAAGAUGCGAACUUCCUAUCAAGAUUUUUCUUCUGUUGGACAUCAGCGAUUUUGAGAAAGGGAUACAGGCAGAAGUUGGAGCCAUCAGAUGUGUACAAGGUCCCCUCUUUUGAUACAGCUGAUACUCUCUCUGAACGCUUGGAAAGAGAAUGGGACCGAGAGCUUGCAUCCUCUAAGAAAAAACCCAGACUCUUCAAUGCCCUACGCCGUUGUUUCUUCUGGCCCUUUGCCUUUUAUGGCAUCCUGCUGUACUUCGGGGAAGCCUCAAAGGCCGUGCAACCUCAGCUCCUGGGGCGGAUCAUUGCCUCGUUUGACCCUUUCCAUGCGGAGGAGCGGGAGCAGGGCUACUACCUGGCCGUGGGGCUCUGCUUGCUGUUUGUGGCCCGGUUCCUGCUUCUCCAGCCAGCCAUCUUUGGCUUGCACCAUCUGGGCAUGCAGAUACGGAUUGCUCUGUUCAGCCUGAUUUAUAAAAAGACCUUAAAGCUCUCCAGCCGUGUCCUGGACAAGAUUAGCACUGGGCAGCUGGUUAGCCUGAUGUCUGCACACUUGAAUAAGCUGGAUGAGAGCCUGGGUCUGGCACACUUUGUGUGGAUCACACCACUGCAGUGCAUUCUGUGUGUGGGGCUCAUCUGGGAGCUUAUCGAGGCAUCGGCCCUCUGCGCCCUGGCUGCCCUCCUGGUGCUGGCUAUCUUCCAGGCCUGUCUGUCUCAGAGGAUGGGCCCUUACAGGGCUGAAAGAGCCAAGCUGAUCAGCCGGAGGCUGGCACUGACCUCAGAGAUAGUGGAGAACAUCCACUCUGUGAAAGCCUACGGCUGGGAGGAGAUCAUGGAGACCAUCAUUAAAAACAUCAGGCAGGACGAGAUGACUUUAACCCGGAAGAUCGGCUCCCUGCGCUACUUCUACAGCUCUGCCUACUUCUACUCCGCCUUCAUCGUCAUCAUCGCCACCAUCGUGCCAUACGCCCUCCAGCAGAGCAUCAUCCUGCGGCGCAUCUUCACCGUGCUGUCCUACUGCAUGGUGCUGCGCAUGAGCCUCACCCGCCAGCUGCCCAACUCCAUUCAGAUGUGGUACGACACGCUGGCGCUCAUCGACAAGCUGGAGGACUAUCUCACAAAAGAGGAGUACAAAGUGUUGGAGUACAAUCUCACCACUACGGAAGUGGAGCUCAUGAAUGUCACUGCUUCUUGGGAUGAGGGAAUAGGCGAACUCUUUGAAAAGAUAAAACAGGAGAACAAGGAGAAUGGACAGCCUAAUGGAGAUUCUGGUCUCUUCUUUACCAACCUGUACGUCACACCGGUGCUGAAGAACAUCAGCUUGCACUUGGAGAAGGGGAAGAUGCUGGCUGUGGCUGGCUCAACUGGAUCAGGCAAGAGUUCUCUCCUCAUGAUGAUUCUGGGGGAGCUGGUGCCCUCAGAGGGGAAGAUCAAGCACAGCGGGCGCGUCUCUUUCUCCCCCCAGACCUCCUGGAUCAUGCCCGGCACCAUCCGCGAAAACAUAGUCUUCGGCCUGACGUACGAUGAGUACCGCUACACCAGUGUCAUCAAAGCCUGCCAGCUGGAGGAGGACCUCGCCUUGUUGCCGGAAAAAGACAAAACUCCCCUGUUAGAGGGGGGAUUGACCUUGAGCGGCGGACAGAGGGCUCGGAUCGGUCUGGCCAGAGCUGUGUACAAAGAUGCUGACCUUUACCUGCUGGACAGCCCCUUCACCCACCUGGACAUUGUGACAGAAAAGGAAAUUUUUGAAAGUUGCGUGUGCAGACUGAUGGCGUCAAAGACACGAAUCGUGGUCACCAGCAAGCUGGAGCACCUGAAACGCGCCGACAAGAUCCUGCUGCUCCACAACGGCGUCUGCUACUUCUACGGCACCUUCGCCGAGCUGCAGUCCCAGCGGCCCGACUUCAGCUCGCUGAUGCUCGGCCUGGGGGCCUACGACAGCAUCAACGCCGAGCGGCGCGGCUCCAUCCUGACCGAGACUCUGCGCCGCGUCAGCGUGGACGAGACGGCGGGCCACCUCCCCGAGCCCCCCCGGCCCGCCUUCCGGCAGUCCCCCCCGGCGGCACCCGCCACGGGCGACGCCCCGGACAAGAGGAAGCCCUCGCUCAUCCUCAACCCCCUGGCCGCCGCCCGCAAGUUCUCGGUGGCGCAGCACCCGGAGGAGGACUCGGGGCGCGACCCGGCGCAGCGGCGCUUCUCGGUGGUGCCCGAGGACGACCAGGUGGAGGAGGUGCUGCCCCGCAGCAACGUGUACCACCCCGGGCUCAACUUCCCUGGGCAGCGGCGCCAGUCCGUCCUGGCCUUCAUCACCAAUGCCCAGGGCCAGGGACGGCGGGAGCAGAUGCAGUCCUCCUUCCGCAGGAAGCUGUCCAUCACGCCCCAGAGCGAGCUGGCCUCCGAGCUGGACAUCUACGCCCGACGCCUCUCCAACGACAGCAUGUACGACAUCAGCGAAGAGAUGGACGAGGAAGACAUGGAGGAAUGUUUUGUUGAUGACCGAGAGAAUGUCUUUGAAACUACCUCAUGGAGCACAUACUUCCGAUACUUAUCAACGAACAAGAACCUUGUCUAUAUUCUCAUCUUUAUCAUCCUGGUCUUCUUGAUUGAGGUGGCUGGAUCUGUGAUUGGGAUAUUUUUUAUCACUGAUGAGAUCUGGAGGAAGGAGAACGAGACGUCGUUCCCAAACUCCACCCAGGGGACGCCCUACGCCGUGAUCGUCACGCCCACCAGUGCCUACUACAUUGUUUACAUCUACGUGGCGACGUCGGAGAGCGUGCUGGCGCUGGGCUUCCUCCGGGGGCUGCCGCUCAUUCACACCCUGCUCACCGUCUCCAAGAAGCUGCACCAGCAGAUGCUGCAGGCCGUGCUGCGUGCUCCCAUGGCCGUGCUCAACACCAUGAAGUCAGGGCGAAUUAUGAACAGAUUCACCAAAGACAUGGCGACCAUUGAUGACAUGCUACCUCUCAUCCUGUUUGAUUUCAUACAGCUGACCCUGAUUGUGUUGGGAGCCAUUUUUGUGGUGUCUAUAAUGCGGCCUUACAUCUUCCUUGCUGCCAUCCCUCUUUCUGUCAUCUUUGUGAUACUGAGGAAGUACUUCCUACGCACUGGACAACAGCUGAAGCAGCUGGAGGCCGAAGCUCGGAGCCCCAUCUUCUCGCACCUGAUCCUCUCUCUCAGGGGCCUGUGGACAAUACGUGCCUUUGGCAGGCAGUCCUACUUUGAGACCCUGUUCCACAAGGCCCUCAACACCCACACGGCCAACUGGUACCUCUACCUGUCUACACUGCGCUGGUUUCUUUUCCGCAUUGACAUGAUCUUCGUUCUCUUCUUCACCACCACAGCUUUCAUCUCCGUGGGAACGAACCGUGAUAAGCCCGGUGAAAUUGGCAUCAUCAUCACCCUGGCAAUGUUGAUCCUGGGAACCUUCCAGUGGGCUGUUAUCACCAGCAUCACUGUGGACGGCCUGAUGCGUUCUGUGGACCGGGUCUUCAAAUUCAUAGAUCUUCCGUCCGAGGAGCCCAAGCACACGACCCGGGUCAAGAACACAGAUGUGGUGAUUGAAAACCCCCACGCAGAUGAUGGCUGGCCAUCCCGUGGUCAGAUGGACGUUCAAGACCUCACUGUGAAGUACACAGAAGCUGGACGUGCAGUCCUUCAGAAGCUGUCCUUCAGCAUUGAUGGUGGACACAGGGUGGGUGUUCUGGGGAGGACAGGCUCAGGGAAGAGCACUCUGCUUUCCGCCCUGCUGAGGCUGGCAUCCACGGACGGCGAUAUCUCCAUCGACGGCGUCUCCUGGAACUCCGUGCCCCUCCAGACCUGGAGAAAGGCCUUUGGCGUAGUACCACAGAAAAUCUUCAUCUUGACAGGGUCAUUUCGCAUGAAUCUGGACCCCUGUAGCAAACACACAGACGAGGAGCUCUGGAAAGUCAUAGAGGAGGUGGGGCUGAAGUCGGUCAUCGAGCAGUUCCCAGACAAACUGGACUUCCAGCUGGAGGACGGGGGCUACGUGCUGAGCAACGGCCACAAGCAGCUGGUGUGCCUGGCCCGCUCCAUCCUCAGCAAGGCUCGCAUCCUGCUGCUGGACGAGCCCAGCGCUUACCUGGACCCCAUCACGUUGCAGAUCCUGAGGAAGACCCUGAAACAUUCCUUCUCCAACUGCACGGUCAUGCUGUCCGAGCACCGGGUGGAGCCUCUGCUGGAGUGCCAGUCCUUCCUGAUGAUUGAGGGCAGCUCGGUGAAGUCCUACGACUCCAUCCAGAAGCUUCUGAAUGAGAUGAGCCAGCUGAAGCAGGCGAUCAGCCAGACGGAGCGGCUCAGGCUGUUCCCCACGCACCGCCGCAGUUCCAGCAAGCGCUCGCCCCAGCCCAAGAUCAGCGCCCUGCAAGAGGAGGCCGAGGACGAGGUCCAGGACACCCGCCUCUGAAGUGCCACAGCCGCCCCCCCCCCCCAGAAACCAUCACAAACAAAGACCCGGAUCUGGUGGGGAGGAGCCUGAAAACUGGACGCAGUCGUUCAUUCCGUCCUUCACCUCAAAAGGAAAAUGUCGGCGCUUUAUUUUUUUACAAUUCCCUUUUCCCAAGUGAUUUUAUUUUUGAAUUAUUCCUGCCUUACACUAGUGGAAGCAUAUUUUAUUUUGUAAAUAAAAUGAAUGAAAUGGAUGACAGUACGGACAAAUGAUUAACUUCCGACAUCAUUAUUUUUCUAUCGAAUGCACUUUAUGUAACGAGGUACAGAUACUCCUUGGUUUUUUUUCACAAUGGGGACAGAGAAGGAAGUAAGAGUAUCAGUGCUAUGAAAAAUGUUUGCCUUAAUACAGCGUUAACUCCAGUGCUUCAAAACUGGAUAUCUGUCAGCUUUCUUGAUUUCGCUGGACAGAUAUGUAAUUUAAUUUAAUGUAUAAAAUUGAUAAAUAGUUUUGUAAUGGCCCGUUACAAAUAUACUUGAUGACAGUAAGUAUCUACCUUGGCACAUUAGCAACAUAUUUUUUACAGUGUAAUUUAAGAGUCUUUUCAUAGGAAUUGACAAAAUGUUCUUUUGAUACCUUUUCAGAGACAGAGAAACCCAAACAAUAAGGGUUCCUUUCCACAGGAAAAUAAACAUGUGAAAAUGA